UCUGGGGACUCCAAACAACAUGGCCGAAGGUCAUUCGCGAUUCGAAGACGAACUUAGAGCUCUCGAAAGAGAAGUCAACUCUCAAACGUAUGUCGAGUUCGUUCUAAUGGUAAAGGACGCGGUCGAUCACUUGCUGAAAACACGGGGAACGAAGGGCCGCACUGUCAACAAACGUCAUUCUCGUUUUGGUCCAAUCAUUCAGCGGUGUCCACAAGCUGUGAAGAUUAUGCACAUGUUGGGAUUUGUAGAUAUGGAUGAUCAACAUAUGUGUCUUCUUGAUUAUGAUCAGAAUGCUAAUGCUCUGACGUGCUUUACUGAUAUUUGUAAGAGGUCAUUGGAACGUAAUGGUAUAAGAAGUGUUGCCACAAUUGAUGCAUCUAGCAGUAUUCAUUCAGAUGAUCCAACUAUUGUUGUCGCACAUUUGGCCUACUUCUAUUUUCUACGUUUCAUGUUUUUAACUUUGGUUUCAGAAUGGCAACAUUUGAUGGGCCAUUUGGCAUUUCAAAUCAAAGUGGCUAUGGAUUCUAUUGAUUUAUGUCUUCGGAAGCUUGCUCUUGCUCAACCACUGUCUGUAGGUCAUGAUAUGUGGAAAACGACAAAGGAACAUACAAGUGUCUACUUGGCAAAUGGUGGAGACAUUCGAGAACAAUUAUGUGAUGAGAUGGUACAGGCAGCAAAUGCAAUAACAUUUGAAAUGCGAUUGAAGUACAGUGAAGGUGAUAUUGACUGGAUGGUGUAUAUGCACUUAAAGAAAGUUCUUAUUUUGGAGACAACUAAGGGAGGGAUGAUUAGUACUGAGGGUAUUGAGCGGUACAUGGCAGCAUCUUGUGGUCUUCCACGGGAAUACUUAAGUGAACAGUACUUGGACACCGUAGACAAGGUUCGAGGAAAAUGCCUUGAAUCAUUGGAAAGACCACUGAUAACUUCUGAAAUUGCUGAGCUUAAUCACACAUUAUUUUGGCAGGCAUCAAAUUUUCUUGGACACCUUUGUUUGCCUUUAGGAGGACGUAGACUUCACAGACUGGAAAGAUCAGAUACUGACGGUGAAAUGGAAUUUGGAGGAUUCAUGAGUCACAGACAUGAUUUAAGACAGCUACUGCAAUUAUCUGGGAGGAGAACCACAAGCCAUGAAAAUAGGUAUGAAGAACUUGAACCUGGCCAUGUCUUGGGUCAUGGUGUAGGGUUACCUAUACACAUCCACCAUGUGGAUGCUGACAGCAAUGAUUCUGAUGGAGAAGAGAAGAAAGAUGAAGGAGAAAAAGAAAAACCAGACUGGGAUGAGGUAGAUGAAGAUGAAUCAGGAAUUGGUAAAGAUCAAUAUCAAUCUGGUCAAUCUGGUGAUUUAUUGAACCAUUCAGAAUCUAACAGUAUGUCCUUGAUGAAGACAGAAAGAAUUGAAGAAUUCAAUCAGAUUGCUAGAACGGCAACCAGUGUUAAGCAAAUUGAGUUGCUACAGCAAACGAUCAGGGCAAUGAUCAAAGGAAGGUCUGAAGAGCGUGCUCACGUUCAGUCAGAGAAAUCAGAAUUUGAAAGUGCUAUAUUAAGUGCUAAGUCACAAGGCUCUACAGAGAUUAUAAGUAUUAUGGAAGCAGCAAAAGAUGAACGAUCUUUAGUUCUUCAUCGACUGAGAGGUGAAAUGCGAUUACUUUAUCGAGCAUCUCAUGUAGCAGAUAAAAGACUUCGCUAUCUGACUCGUUCAACGCUAUCAGGCUUACAAACAAAUUCUACAUUUUGUAUGCUAGAAAAGACGCUUGUAGAUCACAGAGAAGAACAACCAAUUCUGGCUGACAUGAUGUUCGGUUUGGUGACUGACUUUCUUCCAAGUGAUUUACUUGUCAAAACUUGUCGCCAAAUGGGAGUGAAUGUUAGGCCAACAAGGGAGAGACGGCAAGACUGGGUGGCAGCCAUACUGCGUUUGAGAUGAGAUAAUAUUUUACUGUGUUUUCGUGACAUUACAUUGUAUAAUUAUAGACUGUACUGCAUGAUAUGUACCUGCUGUAUGUACAUCGUGCACUCAUUUUAUACGUUGGUUUCAUCUCAAACCGUGUACGGUGUUGGUAUGGGUGAAAAAAUCCUGCCCGUCAUUUGCUUGAGCUAGGUACUAAUAGUAUGUCACAGUACUACAUAGUACUAGUGAUGAUAGCAGCUUACUGUGUCUACUCAGUGUACUAGGCACCGUUUGCGUUGUU